GGCCAACCAGCGAAGCCCAGAUGUUGUGUUGGGAGAGAAAGACAGCGACCUCUUCGAUAACGGUGAUGCGCAUGAAGUUGGAGGUGACGAUGAUUCGGAACAGCGUGGAGAGCACAAGUGCGAGGAAGCGGUUCCGACUGAUGAGGCCGCGGCCGGCGUCGGUGACGAGGGAUCCGCCACGGAGGAGACCGUCGAGGAAUCCACGCCCGUGCUGACCGAACUCGUAAGCACUGCGUGAGCGGUUCAGUGCUAUCGGACUGGGUCUAACAUGGCGCACACAGCCUCCGGCGUUGAAUUUCCUGGACCAUCUGGUAGCUUUGAUGCCAUCUCAGCUCAAAGCAGCCGGGACGGUGAUCCACGGUCGGAAAAGCAAGUUCAAAGGCCUGAUUCUCGCGGACCCGCCGGGAACAGGCAAGACGUUAUCCGUGCUGCUAGCGAUCUACCAGGACUACGAUCCGGGCGAUGGCCCGUGUGUCGUAGUGGUGCCGGCGAAUCACGAUCAACACUGGAUGGAUGAGAUCAACAAAUGCUUCAAAAAGGGCAUGCUCCCGGCGGUGUUGCUCAACGAUGAAUCCAUCACACCAUUCGAUCUCUUUCGCUAUCGUGUGGUCAUCGUGACGUACGAUUACCUGGUCGCCGAGCGCAGACGCAUGGUGCAAUUCGAGGUCGACCUGGCUCGGUACUCGCGUGGGGAUAAGGACACGGCUCCUCCCAGACCGCAGGUCGCCCUCUUCUCAGACGUGUUCAAGGUCGGCGGCGUUCGAGCGUUCGGCAAGUACCUCAUCCUCGAUGAUGCGCACCACUUGAGGGACUACAAGGGAGUGGCAUACAAGACGGUGAAGGUGUUUCGCGCCCGAUUCGAGGCUUGCAUAGCCGUGACCGGGACGCCGCUCGUUGACAGCUGGUUCGAUGCCUACGCCUUGCUUAGCAUGCUGAAGGCUCACCCCAUCACAAGCCCCGCUCUCAUGCUUGCGAACUUUUCAGAAAUGCGGCUCGGAGAGGAUGGUGUGCAGCGCCGCAUGGAGCCAGAGGGCCAGAGGUUGAUACGCUUGCAAGCCAUCAUGGACGCUGUGACGCUGCGACGCCCAAGUCCCUUCGAAGCCGCCCCCGAGACGAACGAGACUAUCCGGGCAAUCCUGGAGGAUAUCACUCGCCCGGACAACGCCGAGUCUCCGCCCCCGAGGAAGAUAGUGCCGCUCUAAUGCCUUGUACAUCAGCGUUAAAGAGCGGGGAGAUCCAGUUAUGGCGGGACGACAUGGGUGAUCAUGCGAUCAUAACGGAGACCAAGGGAAUCGACGCGGUCGAAACUUCCUCCGCGAGACCAAGAGUAACGCUCAGAUGCCUGCACUUUUGCGGGAGCCUGCUGAAGC